UGCCUUCGAAAAUGUGCGCGCCGAUCAUGGAAGUUGAAAUCGGUAUCGAUACUUUUCUAAGUACAUCGAAGAUUCGCAAAAAGUUAUGAGGAUCCGCGAUUGGUUUAGAGAAGAGAUUUUAUGUUUUAAUUCAACGUUAUUCCGGAGCAUCGAUCGUUGACCAGUUUUUAUCGAUGCCCUCCAACGAUGUUCGAAGAACGCAAAUAUUUGAACAAGUUGUCUAGAAAAUAAUAGAGAUUGAUAAUAAAGCAUAUAUUUGUACAGAUAUUUACAUAGUAUAUAUAUUUACACACCGUAUCACCAACCUCGUAAACGAAUUCAAAGACCUUCGCGUGUCUCUGUCGGAAUCGUUUCGCUCUUCAGUGCCAAUGUAAAGAAUAAGUCAAAGUUGUAUGAAAUAAAAUUUCAAUUAGACCACAUCGUACUCGCACGAGUUAAUCUUCGAUUAACGAAGAACGAUGACGCGGUGAUUGAAAAAGUAUCGCGUGACAUAACGCGUGUGGAGUGUUCCGUGAACCCCGAGCAAUCGUUGUUGUUGUUGUUGUUGUUGUUAACACUGUCAUCUGUUGAUCCGUCGUCUAGAUUACGUCUAGACGUUUCGAGAUCAUAAAUCCGGUUGAAUUCUUUCGUUGAAAAGCGUCGCGUCCGACCGAGAGUUGUAUUUUGUAAAGUGUGUGAUUGUGGCAGCUUUUUAGUGGCGUUAAAAGGACCGUCAGAAUCAUUAGGUGGACAUUCAGAUGUGCGCGGGUGUUCGGUGCCGGUGACUCGCGGUAGAUAUCGAGAGACGAACGAAUGCCGAACGCGGCAUACCUCUGGCAUACCUUUGCGCCUUCGAACCUCUCAACCUUUUAACCUUUAAGCUCUUUAAACCCUCUAAGCCUUAUCUUUAUUGCACGGGAUACGCGCUCGUCACCGCCAACGGCGUUGGAGCGCUUGUAUCUCGCCUCUUCGCAGCGGGCGCGUUUACCCAAUCACGGAUUUCGAAUAGGAGCCAACCAAACUAUCGGAUUAUGGCUUGCAUCAGAGCUCCUAGAUCUGUACAAGGAUCCACCGAUGACGUCAAGAUCGAUCCCACCACCCGAAAUAUCCUACAGAUAUACACCGACUGGGCGAAUCAUUACCUGGAGCGCGGCGGUUCCAGGAGAAGGGUUACGGACCUCCAAGCAGAUCUUUGCGACGGCGUACUGCUCGCAGAUCUCGUCGAGGCUGUCACUAAUCAGAAGGUGAUUGACGUUAAUCGAAAACCGAGAAACACGCAACAAAUGGUGGAGAACGUGAGCUUGUGCGUCGGGGCGCUACGCACACUUGGUGCAGACGUCGGGGCGGUGAAUCCUGGCGAACUCGCCUCUGGGUCCACCCUGCGCCCCGUUUUGGCCCUGCUGUUCGCCUUGUCGCGACACAAACAGAGGGCGAAACAACUCCAAGACAUGCCUCGAUUGCCUUCACCCUACAACAAGCAGGCGGGUGCGGGUGGUCCCGGUGUCCAGGGCGGCACCAGCAUCCCCUUGCCGGCUACGGUCGCCGCGACAAGAAGAUGUCCUCCGGACAAAGUGAGACCUGCACCUUCGCCAGCGCAUCAAACCCAACUCGGAGGACUGAAGCAUGGAAACGGAGGAAUAGGCAGCGCCAGUAGCUCCAGGAGUACGAGUCCUAGUCAACAGCAGCCCCCGCAAGGCGGACUUUCGUUCAUCCCCCAGCCAAGGAGUCAAAAUCCCGCAACCAACAGGCAUCCUCCGGCAACGACUCCGAGCCCACGCGCCUCAACCGUCGGCCGACCCGGAGGACUAAGGGCACCGCAAGCUUCGCCUUACGCUGCACCGCAGCCAGCACCACCGCCCCAAGGAAAGAACUCGGUCCUGGAUAAAUUCAAGCUGUUCAACAACAAAGAGAAGAGUCAGGAACGGAGCAAAGCGUCUUCCGGUGUUUCAAAACGCACUUCAAGCUCUUCCGGAUUUUCAUCGGCCAGAUCCGAGCACUCGGACAGCUCAACGUCUCUCUGCGACCAGAGCAAGGUUCAGGUUGAGUCGCCGAAAACUCGAGCCCUCAAAUCGAAACUUCAAGCGAAACCGGCGAAGCAGGCGAGCCCCAAAGCCGCGAGAAAGGAACAGGCCAAAGCGCAGAGUAAAAUCGCGAGGACGAAAGGUCCCGAAAAAGGGCUCGCUUAUACGCCGCCGAUCGAAGAUGCGAAGACCAGCAAAAUCGCUAAUAUCGUUCCUAAGGUCGCGCUGGAGAAGAAACCCAGCAACAUAGACUUCGCGAAGUCCGGUAGUCAGACGAACAAAUCGAAUUCCACGUUGACUACUCCGAAAGUGAUCACUCCUCAGGAAACAAAAAUCGUCGCAAACUUCAAGAGCGAUCCUAAACACGUGCAACGACCAAAGAUGGAACUCCCCGGUAAAAUAUCCGACCCAAGGAUGCAUCUCCAGGGUUUCAAACCGCCUCCAAACGGACUCAACAAGGACAUAAUCGCGCAGAAAGGUUUGACGCCGAACAGCAACGGUUUCAUCAAGCAGAAUUCGCACGAUCAAAACUACGCCGGAUCGCCGAUAUCGCCGACUCACGGGCACGUCUCGCCGUUCGAAAAAACCAUAUCGAUGAACCAUUCGAACAUUUCCGACGGUCAGAAUCAACAGUCCGCGUUGAACCAGCAACACAUACCAGCGGAAGUUGACGAAGACAGCGGGAAACAGUAUUUUCUGCAUAACAUACAAUCUCCACAGAACGGAAACCGGAAGUCACCGUUGCCCGAGACAAAAACCGAACCCCGUACACCCAACCAGAACGAAUCCUCGACAAAAGUGCCGCUGUCACCGGUUUCACAGAAUCUCACGAACGGCCCGACUUCGGAUAAUUACAAUUCCGGGCAGAGCGACAACAACUCGUGCCAAAACAAAAUCAAAUCGGACGUGACAUCCCCGAUCGUUUCGGAGCCACUGGGGAACAAUUUAGGUCAGAAUUUGGGCAACUCGACGCAAAACCUCGCGCCAGGAUCCAGCAUUCCUAAGCCGACCGCUCUCGUGAAGGGAACGUCCAAACCUCCCAAGGACCCGUGUACCCUCGGUACUCCGACACCCGCCAAGUACAAGACCGACAGUCUGCACCGGAAACUCGAUCCGAAUACGGUGGCGAUGGUAUCUCCGAUGCCCAGUAUUUCCGAUCUGAUGUCCGAGAGUUCGCACAGCAAUUCGAACAGCACCGGGCAAAGCAACUCGAGCGACAGCAGCGUUAUAUACAGACCGAGCAGCGAGAGCGGAAGCGACAUCAAAACCAUUCCCAAUAGAAAAAUCGAGACGACUUUUGAGCAGAUGGAAAAAGUAUUAACGGAAGUUCCAAACUGCGGAGUGGGAACGGUGGCUGAAGAGGACACGGAAAUGACCGUGAAACCUAUGCAACCGCUUCUUCGCGGUUACACUCCCGGUGCGAGAGGACUGCAGACGUUACCGAGCAGAACUACCACGAGACAAUACACGGUUCUGCAUUCGUCUUCCCAUCACCACGUCGGUCACGAUUACGCGGACAGCGAUAUAGCGUCGGGUUAUCUGAGCGACCGUGAAGUCCUCCGUGGCGGAAUCGGCGUCGGCGGUGGACCAGGUGUCGGUAGCAGAACGCUUUCGGACCUCUGCGACGGUUACAUAUCGGAGGGCGGUGCCCCACUCUACGCUCGCAGCAGAAUCAUCCCCGAUUACGGACCGGACGACCGGUUGGUGAGUGGCUCGAGGCGAGAAUUAUCCGGAGUGAAAGAACUGGUGUCCUCGCGUAGGGUGCAGAAAAGACCGUCGGGAGCCGGAAGAUCGGAUGGCAAUGGUCCGUUAGGAGGGUGUAGCGGCGGAAGUGACGCCCUGGCCGAACUCACCAUCGAGGAACUGGCAUCCAUACCCGCCGCUAAUCACGCCUCGUCGAACCACGCUAGUCAUUCCUCUCACCACAAGAGGGUGCCUGGUGGCAGUAGCGCGGUUGUGGGGGGUGGCGUUGUGGGCGGGAGUGCCACCCCCCAAGGCCCAGGUGUACAACAGCAGAGUCAUACCGGUGGAAACAACGUGGUCCAUAGGGUCGUCAGUUCGAGACAUCCGAGCGGCCAUCACCACGUGAAAAAGUCGGACAGUUCGCAACAGACCGAUACCUCGGCAUUCAAACAGCCCCAACAACAGAACACCAACAAUUCCAACAGCAAUUCCAACAGCCAACAAUGGAAAAUGUACAUAGAAGCUGGCGCUGCGAGAGACAGGGAUACCACUGGCCAUGCGGGCCCACCUAGUCCCAGUCCCUCGAGGCGAUCACAGGACAAACACAGAAAACAGGCUAUGGCGGAAUACGCGAACGGGGAGAAGCCGCAAAAGGUGUCCUCCGGUACGUCGACGAGCAGCGGGGGUAGCAGCAAGGUCCGAGGGGUUCCCCAGAGCUUUGGUUACGUGAAAAGGCACAGCGCGGGAACCAGUAACGCGAACGGUUCGCAAAACGGAAACAAAGAUCCGACGAGAACCGCACAAGUCAGCGCAGUUCCUCGCACCAAGGUCAAGGUAUCCGGCGGGACUCAGACCUGCACGACGGAGCUGCAAGCGAAUUCCGGGCAAAGUCAGGGGCAAGGUCAGGGGCAAGGUCACCACUACAAGAGCUACAGUUUGACCGGAGCGAGCGCCAGUCAGUUGUCGCAAUCCGUCAGGGACCGGUUGAUGCUCGGUUCUCAAAGCCUUCCGAAACCGGGUAGUCCGGAGUUCACGGCUCUUUUCGCUGCGGCACAUCAUCGCGGUAGCGCCACGUCUUCCUUCACACCUCGUGUCCUCAAACCAUCCGACGGGAGCCUCAGCGAUACCUGCAGCAAUUACGCCGCACCCGAUGUCCAGGGAUACUACGCCGGCAACAGCCCCUACGCCACCACCUCGUGGAUGAGACACAGCAACACUUACACACCCAGUGGACGAAGUCAAGGUAUGGGUCUUUGCGAGGCGGACAGCGUCGAGUCUCUCGGAUCGCAUCGGGCCAGUUUAACCCACGCGCGACUUUUGAUGCACCAAAGGGAUUCAACCGGAUCACCGGCUCCGCCGAGGCUGAACAGAAGCAAUUCGAUCAGAUCUACGAAAAGCGAAAAAAUGUACCCGUCCAUGCUCGCUCGAGGAAGUGGCGCAUCCUCCUCCGUCGGAGAGGAGGUCGGGGUUGGGGUCGGGGUCGGUGUGGGAGUCGAACCUUACUACAGCGUUCCCGUGGGAUCCGCGGGAUGUCCGGGACAACAUUGGUCCCAACCAACGUCACCGACGCCCACGCAUGCCCCCAGACAACCCCCAAACCUUUAUCAACACGUCCAUAAAGACGAUGACAUUCACGGGUCCUCGGUCUCUCUGGUAUCAACUGCCAGCAGCCUUUAUAGUUCUGCCGAAGAGAAGCAGGCUCACGAAUUACGAAAACUUCGACGCGAACUGCUCGACGCACAAGAAAAAGUCCAUUCCCUCACGAGUCAGCUGUCAACGAAUGCUCACGUUGUAUCUGCAUUCGAACAAUCACUGUCCAAUAUGACCCAAAGACUGCAACAUCUAACCGCAACUGCCGAGAAAAAGGAUUCCGAACUCCAGGAGUUGAGAGAUACGAUAGAGCGUUUGAGAAAGCAGAGUGCCGAGGCUGGACUGAACGCAACGAAUCAAACCGCAUCAACGAACGGCCGUCGACAUACCCUCGGCGAUUCGGAGGGCACAACAGGGUGUACCGGGUCAAAUAGUAACCAUCAAGGAUCAUCGAUAGCGAGGCAAUUGUCAGCGGACAGCGUCACUUCGUUGAAUUCCUUAAGCAGUGCCUGUUCCACCAACAGUCAUCAAAAAAAGAAAGGAUGGCUCCGAAGCUCAUUCUCCAAGGCUUUUUCCCGUUCAAGGAAAAACCGCCAUGGUUCUGUAUCGGAUGCUGAAGACUGUAAGGAUGGACCCGGUGAAUUGAGUGCUCCCAAUAGCCCGCGACUGCCGACUGCCGCCAAGCACGAAUCUCGAAAUCAAGCACAGAGCGUAAGGAAUAACGUACAACGAUCUCCGGAGCAUGAAAAUGGGCUAACAGGCAGUAAGAGUAGCUCUGCUCUUUACAAAAAAGAAGACGAGGAUGUAGAUGAGCUGAAAAAGCAGCUACGUGAAAAGGACAUGGUCCUGACCGACAUAAGACUUGAAGCUCUCUCGUCCGCACAUCAGUUAGAAUCUUUGAAAGAUACGGUCAUCAAAAUGAGGAAUGAGAUGCUGAAUCUUAAGCAGAAUAACGAACGCCUCCAACGUCUCGUUACGUCAAAGUCCUUAACGUCGUCACAAUCGUCAUUACCGAGUGAUCCUGAGCGAAGAUUUAGUAUGACUGAAGUGGCAUCAAGUGUAGCGGCAAUGUCGAGUGGAGGUACCGGUUCUGGUACGGAUCAAUUAGAAGAUAUUACAGUGGUAGAACAUCCAGUGGUUCAAAGCACAUCAACUACAACGACUGAACCUCCAAUGGAGCAAGAUACCGAUGGCAAAAGAAUCAACGUCGCCGUUUACCUAGGCAGCGAACGUAGCUUUAAUUCCAAUGUCAUCGGAAAUACAUCCACCGAUGGAAACAACGAACCCCCGCAUUGUGUAAUCGCAAGUGUCUGCAUUUCUAACAAAACUUCGUGGGAUUCCCUAGACGCAACGGUUAGACGAUGUUUCAAGGAGUAUGUAGCCAGGGUGGAUCCCGUAACGAAUCUUGGUCUUGGGAUUGAAUGCGUCGCCGCAUAUCACCUUGGCGAAUCUUCACGGUGCACUAGUGACUCUCAACUGCCCGAAUUACUUCCCUGUGGCUACCUGGUCGGACAUGUUAGGACCAUUUACGUGGUUUUGUCUGGCUAUUCAUGGCUCGCGGUCGACACCUUAAUUCCAAGAUCAAUCGUCCAGCGGCUCGUUUCUUUACUCACCGAACACCGCCGUGUUAUUUUAUGCGGUCCGAGUGGGACUGGUAAAAGUUACCUUGCUGGAAAGCUCGCUCAUGCUUUAGUGGACACCGAUACAGAUGCUAAGGAUGCCGCCUCUGUCGCAACAUUUAAUGUUGAUCACAAAUCAAGUAAAGAGUUGAGACAGUAUCUGGCUCACAUCGCCGAACGCUGUGAUUCAAGUGCGGCAGACGAGCUACCGCGCGUUAUCAUACUCGAGAAUUUACAACAUGCUGCAUCCCUUGGAGAACUAUUCAGUGGACUACUUGGUACAAGACAUUCAUCUUGUCCGGCUAUCAUUGGAACCAUGAGCCAGGCCACGUGCAGCACAACCAACCUUCAAUUGCACCAUAAUUUCAGGUGGGUUUUAUGUGCGAAUCACAUGGAACCGGUAAAAGGCUUUUUGGGCCGUUAUCUUCGUCGAAGACUAUUGGAACAUGAACUGCGGGAGUCAGGAGGUGCACGAAAUGCAGAAAUGGCAGCAGUUGUUGAGUGGAUCCCACGGGUUUGGCUUCACCUCAACAAGUUUCUCGAAACGCACAGCAGCUCUGAUGUUACGAUAGGUCCUAGAUUGUUCCUCUCCUGUCCGAUGGAAGUUGCGGGUUCGCAAGUAUGGUUUACAGAUGUCUGGAAUUACUCAGUUGUCCCGUAUUUGGUCGAUGCUGUAAGAGAAGGAUUGACUUUAUAUGGACGGAGAAUUAGCGGAAAUGGCAAUGGAGAUUCUCCUUGGGAAGAUCCAGCCCAUUUCAUUACGUCCAGCUACCCUUGGAUAGCUACACACGCCGUUCAUGGGGGAAGCGAUGCUCUUCGUCGAAUGCGACCGGAGGAUGUUGGCUAUGACGUAGUCAGUUCUGGUCAUAAUUCUGGAGUGGGUGCAUCCAGCGUUAAGAGCCUUGGAAGCACGCAUAGCGAUACGGAAGGCGAUCCACUGUUGAAUAUGCUGAUGCGACUACAGGAAGCGGCUAACUAUUCAAGUCCGCAUAGUAACGACAGCGACUCUGUAACAUCACUAGAUUCAUCGCACACUCGACACUCCGAAGAUCUGACCUGUAGCUCUUCAACCUCCUCCUCUAGGGGCGUUGAAUCUACGCUGUAGGAAUAUCAUCAAUCAUUGUUUCUUGGAGAAAUAAAUUUGCUGUGAAGAGGUAACGUCGCGAUUAGUGCCGAAUUCAGAAUGAAACAAUGACUGUUCUCAUUUCGAAGACUUCCAGGAAUGAUACCAAAAUUAUACAUUUCUGAGUCUCGUCCAAUCUCAUGAUAGUAUGAUGAUUCGAAAAUCUUAUAUCAAAAAUUUGUAGCUAUCAUACAACUGUAUUCAGUAGCUGUCUCUUUAUUGUCGAUAGACGAUCGAUGCUUCUGCCAGUGUUAAGAGCCUACAGCAUGUUCAUCCUACCUCUGAUUGUGUUUGAAUGAAUAAAAUAGUUUCGCGUGUUUUAUUCAAAUACCAUUCCGAAGCUAGUGUGGAUAACUAGUGUAGUCUGCUAAAUAGGCCUAGGUAUAAUAAUAGACAACUUUUCGAUACAACAUACAUAUUAAAUUGCGCAAAAUACCAUACGCCACAAUUCAAUAAUGAUCGAUGUAUCCCAAGAUUUGUGUCAGACGUUUGGUCUACCAAUUUAAUCAUGAUAACGAUUCAUAUGAAUACUGAAGACAGUGACUGUGAAUGUCGUUCAUACAUACCUACGAUUAUAUGUAUAAUACGAUAUCGAAGGCCUAUUGAUUCAAUAUAUAUGUAUAGGAGAUUGACCGACCUGUUGCGGUUGAGUCAAUUUCAACCAAGUGAAGGAUAAAAAGUCAAUAACUAUGAAUAAUUAGAUCAUGAAGCCAUUAUCUCAGACAAAUGACAAUUAAUGGAUCAGAAAUAUUUUUGGAUUUUCAGAAAUCAUUAUUACACGAUGCAAUAAUAAGCCUGUGCUGCCAUAAUAGUAGUGUGAUUAUAUUUUAAAAUAAAUUCAAUAACUAAUUAUUGGAUAAUACAAUAGUGGAGAAGAAAUUAGUGAUCAAUGAAUCAACCAGCCGCGUGAAAAUGGCUCCUCUUGUAAUUGUAGCCGUACACAUAAUACAGUAUUAUCGAUUGACGAUUAAACUUAGCUCAGACUGGGUGUUUUAAAAUUAUCAUAUUAACCAUGCCUAAUUUUCCUCAAUAUGGCAACGAACCUCUCUAUUCACCGUUGGUUUCAUGUCAACAUGCCGUAUUUAAACUACGAACGUUUUUCAGACAAGCUAAUCCCUGAUUUGUAAUUUUGUUGGUGAUCUAACUGCACGUAAUUCGAAGCAGCUUUACCAAAUUUUAGUGCCCAGUAGGACGGAGUUUAUCACGAUACUUGCGCAAAAAUAAGAAAAAAAAUCAAUAAAAAAGUAAUAUUUAUACAUAACUUUCUAUAAAGAUUCUAUUUAAUAAAAGUUGUUAAUAUAAUAAUAUAAUAUAUGUACCAAAAUAACGACGCUGUAUAUACGUAUAUGUAUAUACAUACAUAAUUGCGUUUGUAUGUAUGUAAAUAUAUAUAAGCAUGCAUAUAUUACGUUGGUAAACGCUUAGUGUAAGAUAUACAUGAGUAAUUCUGGUCAUAUAAUUAUUGUAAAUAUAUACUCAUAAACAGAUGAAAACUAAGCGAAAACCGGAGACGUAUAGUCCGUUUAGAACUCGAGUGGUCUGCAGUAGCGGAAAUGAUGAAAUAAGGGAAGCUAAAUUGCAUGCUGGGCCGAAUUCCUCGGGUACAAAUUUAAUGUACCAUUACAAAUUGAAAUUUUUAGCAAUAUUUAUGAAACGUGGAACAAAAAAAAUUACGUGUCUCAGACCCAAGAGCCGAUCCGAUUGGACUACACUAAAGAUAUAUAUUUAAUUUAGGAUAAUGCGUCUCGCUCACUUAGGACGCGCGUAAAACAUAAAUUAUAAUGUAACAUGUAAUCAUUAUACAGUCACGUUUACAGGUUUUUUACGUUUGUACCGUAUUUAUACGCUAUACGGCACUACACACGAACUCUACUCGAAUGAUAACAUUAAUGUGUCAUAAAAUAAAGACAAGAAAUUCUGUGAAA